AUGCCUGACGAUAAAGAAGCACCUGUAUAUACAGCUGAAAAAAUUUUGCUUAAACGAAUACGAAAAGGAAAAAUUGAAUAUUUAAUUAAAUGGAAAGGAUGGGCUACUAAAUGGAAUACUUGGGAGCCUGAAAAACAUAUUUUAGAUAAAUUACUUAUUGCAGAUUUUAAUAACAGAAAUCGAAAACGUCAGAAAAGUAAAUCUUUAGUUCGUAAUAGUGUAAAUAAACAUAAAACAACAAAUAAAACUCGUUCAAAUAAUUCCCUACGAACACGUCGUCUACGUACUUCAACAUCAUCAGAUACAUCAACAUCAGCUAUUGUUUCUCCAACAAUAAAUGAUGAAAAUUAUGAUGAUGAUACUUUAUCAAAGAAAAAAUUUGAUAAUGAUCGAGUUGAAGUUUAUAAACUUCGAUCAAGUCGAGCGGAAAAAAUUGAAUCAAAUGAAAAAGAUUUAUCAAAAGAAUCUGAUCAUGAUAAAGAAGAAGAAGAUAAUGAUGAAGAAGAAAAAGAACAAGAGAAAAUAAUUAUUAGUGAAACACCAAAAUUAGAUGAAUCUAUACGAGAAUUUUUAUGGCAACCAACUAAAAUUUCAACAACAACAACAACAACAAUAACUGAAGUAACUGAUCAAAGUGGUGUAACUGUUUUGAUUCGAGAAUUAAAUGAUAUUCAAACAUCAAAUGCAAAUAGACCAUCACGUUUUCUUGGAUAUGGAAAUGGAGGUCGCGGUGGAAGACAUUGA